AAGCGUAAGAGAAUGGCAAAUUUACUAAACUCGAUGUCAACAACGACAAACAAACAUGUCGUUGAUUAAAAACUUAGUUAAAGAAACUGAAAACAAGCCGCGUAAGAAGAAAAAGAAUGCGGACUCGGAAGGCAGUGAUUCUGAUGGUAAGGACAAGCCGCUGGGGCCUUUUAUCAAAUCCGCCACUGAUUUGCAAAGGUUGAAAUUAGAGAAGCUGAUGAAAAAUCCCGAUAAGCCUGUGGUCAUACCUGAGCAACGUCGCGAGCGGGAUUAUAUGUCCUCGGUACCCACAUUUGUGCGAAAUGUGAUGGGCAGCAGUGCGGGUGCGGGCUCUGGCGAAUUUCAUGUUUAUCGCCAUCUACGACGGAAGGAAUACGCCCGCCAAAAGAAUAUACAAAACCAGAGCUUACGCGAGGCCGCGGACGACGCCUUUCAACAGAAACUGGAUGAUAAUAAGCGUAUUGCCGAGGAGCGCACAGCAAAGAAACGUGCUAAGCGCCUAAAAAAGAAACAGCGGGCAAAGCAACCGCGUGAACAGAAAUCAAAUGAAACUAAGAAGCCGGAAGAAAGUGGAUCCAAUGAAAGUGCGUCGGAAGCAGAACAAGAUGAAGAGGCUCCCCCGAUAAAGAAAAACAAAGAUACUGAAGGUGCAGAGGAAGAGAUCAGUGGCGCAGCAUCGACGUCACAGCAAUUGGAGAGCACAAAAAAAAUUGAAACCGAUGAAAGGACAAAGCAAAGUGAUCCUGUAGUCGAGUCAUCAGAACCAGUAGCAGAGUCUGCUUCUCAAACGGAUUCUUAACUUAAUAUAUUGUACAUCAAAUAAAAAUAGUUCUUGAUUUAUUAGUGAAACAAGUAUGUUUUUAUUUAUUUUACGUAUGUAUAUAUAUAGUAUUUAUAUAUAUAGAUUAACCAUUUUAUUUUGUUGUUUAACGAUACAAUUGCCACUGUAGAUAAAAUUGGCUCUUUACCGUUAGCAUUUUGUUCAUCAUUUGAGGCCAUCAUAGUAAAGCAGCUCUGGUGAUAAAUUGAAGCGUUUAGGAAAUAUGCAUUGUGUUUUUAAUGUGUGUAAUAGAGUACGGAUCGCAUGAUUCGCAUAUCUUAUGCUAAAUGUUCGUGUAAAGUGCAUAAAAUUCAAGAGUUCUGCAAAUGUUUUAAACUCUAUCGAGUCGAAAGUACUCGACUACAACUGCCCUGAAUAUCGGCAAAUGCAUAUAGAGCAUAUCAAUUGCGAUUAAUUGUUGUUUCCAUUUGUGUGUCUUGUUUUGUUUCUUGAAGAAUCAAAUUUAUUAUUGUUUACAUUAAUUGUUGUAGUUUUAGUUUAAAUUCACAAUCCGGUUGUUGUUGUUCUUCAUCUUUUAUAUAUGAAAUGUUUUCAAUGUUCCACAAAUAAUUAAUAAUGUUUACACAUAUACAAUCAUAUGGUUUGCCUUUGCACUUAGAUCGAUUAAUUAUAUUUAAAUUUGCAGCAUUUUUCCUAGCGUAAAUCAUACUUUGAACUUAAAGCAAACUUAAACUUGUACACAUUUUAUAGGUUUCUUUGUAAUAAACACCCAGUGCCAUUUAAAAAAUGAACAAAUCGGUAUUUUUUGUUGUUUUUGUUUAGA